AUGCGCCUCUUCAUUGCUUCUUUUCUAGCAUUGCUGGCCAGCACAGCUGCUAAUGUUGUCGAUGACCGCUGUCAUGACUCGACGUCUCACGGUACCAUCGCCUUUUUCAGCAGUGCGCCGAUGACUUUCAGCUACAACAUCACUGAUACCACGGCCUGUGCUUCGAAAUGCCAGAUCCUGAGCGGGUGUAGAGCUUGGUUGUUUAACAAGGGUGGUCGUUGCGAGCUGUUUCGUGACUCAGCUGUGACUACUACAUCGAACCCGAAUUUUAUCUACGGAGGCUGUGGAAUUGAUAUCCAGUCAUUUGUUCCUGCCGUACCAUCACCGACUCUCUCCCAUCAUCUACAUUCCGCGGACACAAAUUCCCCUUCUGCUAGUCCGAGCACCGUCAAUGGUCAUCUGAAAAGACACCUGAAACGCAGCCAUAGGCGCGCUUAUUGA